GGAUGGAAAAAAGCACGAUACGGAAGAGCUGUUGCUGUUAUGCGACUUCGGAAGGAUGAUGGAACAAAGGCUGUGUUUAACCCGCAGCAUCAAAAUAAUCUCAAACGGUUUACUGAACGCGAUUUGGAACAACUGGAGCAGAUGCCGUCUGACGCAUCGUCGUCGGAAUCGCAUGCAGUCAACGAUAAGAGUGAUGACGGAUUACAGAAAUUGAAACUCAUGAAAGAGAAUCAAGACAAGAUGGCAAAUCUAAAGAUGGUCUCAUCACAGUCACCCUCAAUAAUAGACGGACUAAAACAGUUGUCCUUGGAUAAAAAUAAAGAUAUGAAUAAAAAAGAUCAAAAUACAAAGGCUGAGCAGGUAAUGGAAACAGACGACCUUCCCCCAAAGGAUCCAGCUUCCACACCAAUGCCGGAUGUAUCAAAAGACGUGCGAAUCGAGAUAAAUACGGAUUUAAAGCAAUUGUUUGGUCCGGCUACGGCGAAAC